AUGCUUCUCAAUUGCUUUCUCAUUAUCGACAAUAUCAAAUGGAAACCAAUUCCGUACGACAGAAUGCUGGAAGCCGAUGAAGGCCUGUUCGACAUGCCGAGAAUUCAAAUCAACCACCCCGACUACUCGGAUAGAUGCUUAGGCGAGAUCAAGGAGAACCAACCAGUCAAGUUGAUCAAGACAAACAGUAAAGAAUGGAGAAAACAUCAGAGAAAAAUCGAAUUCCAGUUGGAGUACGUGCUCAGCAAAUGUCACUACGCUUAUGUGGAUUGGUCCCAACAGUGGUAUUUUGAGAACAAGGAUCAAUACGAUUCUGAAAUACUGUUGAAAACCCACAAAAAAAACGCAAUUCGGAGCUUUUAUGAUCACGAAAAAUAUAAUGAAUGGUGA